CCCCUCGUCACCCCUAGGGGGCGUGCCGACUGAACGCGCCUCUGGCUAGCCCCUUGGUCUCUCUCGGCUUCCGUUGAGCACGAGCAAGAUGGCGGCGGCUGAGACGGUCAGACUACGGCUUCAAUUUGACUACCCGCCGCCAGUCACCCCGCAUUGUACCGUCUUCUGGCUUCUGGUAGACAUGAACAGAUGCCGAGUCGUCACGGAUCUCAUUAGUCUCAUCCGCCAGCGCUUCGGCUUCAGUUCCGGCGCCCUCCUCGGCCUCUACCUGGACGGGGGGCUCCUGCCUCCCGCCGAGAGCGCGCGCCUGGUGCGGGACAACGACUGCCUCAGAGUCAAGUUAGAAGACAGCGAAGUUCCUGAGCUCUCCGUCCUAGUCAGCAAUGGUGGCGAUCCUCAUUUGCCACCUGUGAAAGCCAGGAAGCGGCCUUCGAAGCUGGAGGAGGAUCAAGAAACCGAACUCGGCUACGUUCUGUCAAAGAAGCACUGGAAGAGGCAGGAGAACAGCAGCAGUACGGAGAAGGCCUCGGAGCUGCACGCAGACGCUGGCCCCGAUCAGCCUGUGAGGAAGAAAAGCAAGCGAAGAAACAAAGCGACCUGUGACAAUGCGGGGGAUGACGAGGACAGAGAGGCCAGAAGGAAGUCACCAAAGAAGAAGGAGAAGCGUGAGUGUAAAAACCAGGCCAAGAACCGCAAGCCUCUCAAAGCACAGGCGGUCAAAGAGCGGAGCGCCCCGAGCUGUAGUCCCCCCAAAGGUUCUGCCAGCUGCUGCGUGGGCAAAGCCAGAAGGAAGGGCAGGGGCGGCGCUGGUGCCCAGGACAGUCCCGCUUCCUCCUCCGGGUCGGAGUCUUCUCCGUGCUCAGGCAGCGACCGGCUCAGCAUUGCCACCCCGGAGGCUGGGAACUACCCCGAGAAGCUGGCGGCUGAGUUACCAAAGGACGGGCCCUCUACAAAAAAUGCAGCUGCCAACAAACUGUGUACAAAAGCCGCCCUUAACCUCGGUCCUGGCAAGGGCAAGGCCACCAGGGCCUCGUCCUCGUCGUCAUCCAGUUCAGACUCCAGUUCGGAGUCGGGUGACGAGCCCGUAGCCUCUAAGCUGGCGCCAGAGCACGGGUGCAGCUUCUCCAAGACAGCCGGCCUCCCGGCAGGAAGGGCCUGCCCGGGGCCAGGGCCAUCCCUGCACACGCCGGCUGCCACGGGCUGGAAGCCUUCUGACCCAAGCCACGACAGACAGCCUGUCCCGCUGCCCAGCUUCGGCAGAGGAUGGGGGCGAGGAGAAGACCUUGUUUUCUGGAAAGGGGCGCGGGGUCGGGGCAUGCGGGGGAGAGGUCGAGGACGAGGCCAAGCUCUGCCCUGUGUCUUAAAUAAAAACUCUGAGUAUCAGAAGCAGCAGCAACUCCGUGAGAUCGUAAUAAACUCAUCCACUAUCAUCCAGAAUCCAGUAGAGAUACCCAAGAAGGACUAUAGUCUCUUACCGCUGUUAGCAGCUGCCCCGCAAGUCGGAGAAAAGAUUGCAUUUAAGGUAUAUUUUACAACAGCAACAAUUGCGACAAAAAAGCUUUUGGAACUAACAUCUGAUUAUUCUCCUGAUGUCUCUGACUAUAAGGAAGGAAAACUAUUAAGCCACAAUCCAGAGACCCAGCAAGUAGACAUAGAAAUCCUGUCAUCCUUACCUGCCGUGAAGGAACCUGGGAAAUUUGACUUGGUUUAUCACAAUGAAAAUGGAACUGAGGUAGUGGAGUACGCUGUGACGUCGGAGAAGAAGAUCACUCUUUUCUGGAGAGAGUUGAUUGACCCAAGACUGAUUAUUGAACCCGCUAGUACCACCUCCAACUCCUAAGACGUCAGAGUCUGACCACUCCACCUCAUGGUCUAUAAAUGUCCUGCUUGUGAAGGGGACUGCAACUUGAGCUUUUUUUUAAAAGAAGAUUUAGAAGUUGUGUGUAUUCUUUGUUAUCUUCAUUUUAUUGUAUAGAAAAAAAAUCUACCUCAUCAUUUAAAAUUGAGUGUUGGUUUGUAGACCUUUUCUUUCUUCAGGUUACCUUCAGUGAACAAAAUUUAAAACAUAACAUUCCGACAGGCAUUGUUAUAUGUUUGGUUUCUUUAUUCUGUUUUUUCGACCAUUGGAGUAUUGGCCGUAGGUUUAUAAUACCAGGUACAAGAACAGACUGCAUAUCUUGUCUCGAUAAGUUUUUUAAGUAACAUUUUAGAAAUUAAAACGUGUUGCUUUGCCUAAUUUUUUAACAUUGGAGUUGUUCCAUUAAAUGUGGAACAUCUUAUAAAUUCCAAGUAUUUUAUACUUGUAGUUGCCAAGAAUUAACAGGCGGUUGGGUUUGUUGCGGGCAGUGUUAAGGGAUCCUUUCACCGUUUUUCCAACUUGAAAGUUAAGAUUUUCAGGGGACCUGUGCAGAGCGGUGAAAAUGACACCUCGCGUGUGCUUGGAGGGGAGGCGGAGGGCACUCGGGUGAGAGGACUCGCCAUGUGCCUCCCAGCAGCGAAAGUGCGAUUCUGCUGCAAGAUGCCGAGCACCUGGCUCAGGGCUGGAGUGAGGAUCUUGAAGAGAAACUGCCCUUUCUGUUAUUCAGAAGCUAAAGUGGCUGAAUAUACGAAAUGAAAAUCGCUUUCUUUUAACAACAGACCAGAUCCCACCUUCAGCUUUGCCAAUUUCUAAAUAAAAUCAUAUUGAACUUAAUGUCUA